AUUUUUAAUUGAGAAGCUUAUAGUAAUUAGUUAGUGCAAAUUUAAAGAAGCUGCAUAAAAUAAUAAUAACUAAGGCAACUAAAAUGGAUUUUAACGCAAUAAAAUUGCAAAAUUGCUUGCUUUUAGGAAUAUUGAUUUUAAUUUCAAGUAAUAGUUUAGCUUCUCCAAUAACAGGAAUAGAAAGUACAACGUUAACUCCUGUUACUAACAGUAACAGUGAAAAUAAUGAUGAAAAAAUAUUCGUUUCAACUAUCACAAUUAAUUUAAAAAUGAAAUUGAAUUCUACUAAAGAUGUUGAUAUAGAACAAUUUUUCAGUGCUGAAGAUUGCUCAUGUGAAAAUCGUUCAAAAAACAAUAGCUCAGGAUUAAAAUUAAGUAUAAGUAUAAAUAAUAGAGUAAUAGAUGCCAAUCAAAUUUUAAAUAUUAGUUUAACUAGAGACACCAAACAAGAAGAACCAAUCGUCACUACUACCGAAGAAAUUUCAACUAACUUAGAUAUAAAUAAUGAUUUAAAAACUACUCAAACUUUAACAAAUACAACAAAUGAAAUUAUUAAUCAAACAGAAUCUUUAAAUAGCCAUGAUGAACUUGAUCUUGAUUCACUCGUAAUUGAAACUAUAGAAUUAUCUGACGGUAAAUAUAUUGGACCAAAAAAUUUACCAUCACAUUGUUCGCCUCAUUAUACUUGCCGCAAGAAAACUAGUAUUACAAAAAAUGAAAAAAUUUGCAUUUUGUAUGUUAUGAUGUAUAUAGAUUGUGGUGGUGAACCAAUACAAGUUCAUCCAAAAGAUUGGUCUAGAACAAUUGAUAUUAAUAAGAUAACAAUAGAAGAAAAUGAUUUAAGUGAAACUAAAAAUGGAGAAAAAUUUAAACAAGCACCAGUACAUAUGGUUGAUUUUCCAUGUCAACCAAAUUAUUUACCUGAUCGUCGUGGUAUUUGUAGAGAAGUUUGGUGAAAAUACAGUUAAUAUUGAUUAUAAAUUAUAAAAACAGUAUUUUUUUACUAAAAAUACUUAAACAAAUAAAAUGCUUGAUAAUUAAUUAAAAUUAUUUUAAAAAAUUUGAUAAAUAAAAAAUGUGCAAUCUACUUGUAAAAUACGUAAACAAUAUUUGAUAUUAUGUCUGUAAAUAAGUUGUACCAUGGUUAGUUUAAGCGUACCUACAUGGAGCAUUAUGUAAACGAGCGUUUUUGUGCGGAAAUUGAAAGUGCGGUUUAAAUUUGUAAAAAUUAUUCUACCAAUGUGAACGUUUUAAUAAAAACUGUUCGGAGCAGUAACCAGAUCAUGCUUUGGUAUUUAACCCUGUGUUUGAGCUAUCUCACAACCAUAGGCUGAAAAUUCUCAUAUUAUAAUUUUAACUU